AUGACGGCUACUGAACAACGUACAAUGGAUUUAUUUCAUCAUAAUCAUCAUAAUCAUCAAACAUCAUCAACUGUAUCAUGUAUAUCAUCAAAUGUUGGUUCAAUAACAGAUUUUCUUUUUACUUCCGAACAUUCCUCAUUAAAUAAUGAACAACAAAUAUUAGAAAAUAGUAAACAAGAAGAUAUAUCAAUAUUGGAAAACGUUUCUGAACCAACAAAUGAAUCAAAUACAUUGAGUAAUAAAGAAAAAAUAGGUCAUCGUCGUGUUGAUGAAACAGGAAAUAUAACAUAUAAACGUGUUAUGGUUGAUGAUCUUAUGAAAUCAUUACAAAUUGGUCUUAAUUAUGUUCUUGGUAAACAGCAUCAACCACAACGUCAAGUACUUUAUCAAGAUUUUCAACAAAUUGAAUAUCAAGAUUUUCCACCAGAAGGUACAAGAUUAACUCCUAAACAUUCAUAUGCUGAAUUUCGUUUAAAAACUUAUGCACAAACAGCAUUUCGUUUUUUUCGUAAUGCAUUUGGAGUUGAUCCAUUUUCAUUUAUGUUAUCACUUUGUGGUAAAGAUUUACGUGAUUUACCAAAUCCAGGUGCAAGUGGUUCUAUAUUUUAUAUAACAGCUGAUGAUGCAUAUAUAAUAAAAACAGUAUCAAGAAAAGAAGCACGAUUUUUACUUGGUCUUUUACCGGGUUAUUAUAUGAAUUUAACACAAAAUCCUUUUACAUUAUUACCAAAAUUUUUUGGUCUUUUUUGUUAUCAAAGUUCAAAUAAAAAUAUACGUUUUGUUAUUAUGAAUAAUUUAAUACCAACAAAUGUUAAAUUAAGUGAAAAAUAUGAUUUAAAAGGUUCAAUUUAUAAACGAAAAGCAUCUGAAGAAGAACAUAAACGUGAAUUACCAACAUUAAAAGAUAAUGAUUAUAAAUAUCAACAUCCACAUGGUUUAAUACUUGAAUCAUUUUUCUAUGAUCAAUUAAUGCAAACAAUUGAAGAUGAUGUUCGAGUACUCGGUAGUUUUGAUAUAAUGGAUUAUUCACUUCUAUUGGCUAUUCAUAAUAUAACUGAAGAAAUGAAAUCAACACAAAAUCAUUCACUUAUAUCAUCAUUAUCAUCAAAUGAAAAUGAAAAAUUAACAUCGAUACCAACCGAUUCUGAUAUUGCUAUGGCACAAUUUUCUAAUCAUCCAACAUAUAUACAAUAUUUACGUGUUAUUGAAUUUAUUCGUGCACAACAAGAACAUUCAGCUUUAAAUACUAGACAAUCAUUAUCAGAUACACGUAUUAAUAAUGUUGAUACAGAAAGUAUUAAAACAGUUAAAGAAAAUUUAUCACCAGUAUUAAGUACAGUUACAAAUAGAAUAUCUCAAUCAAAUGAAGAAUCAUCAAAUUCUACAAAUAUUAUAUUUCAUCCACAGAGUAAAGGUUUAAUACAUCAUAAAUUGAGUUCAGCAUCAACAUCUCAUUUAACUGAUGGUUUAAUUGGUGAUGAUGUUUGGUACAAUCGACAAAGUCUUUCACGUCUUGCAAUGGCUGGUAUACCAGCUGUGAAUCAAAACGGUGAUUUAUUAUUAUUAUAUGUUGGUGUUAUUGAUAUUCUACAAAAUUAUCGUCUUCGUAAAAAAUUAGAACAUGUAUUUAAAUCAACAUUAGUAACUAGGGAAGAAAUAUCUGUUUGUAAUCCAAGUCAUUAUGGUGCUCGAUUUGUCAGAUUUCUUUCACAUAAAGUAUUCCGUAAAGGAAGUCGAACUGGAAACACUUUAUUAUCUGAUAGUCAGUCAAAUAUAGAUCGCGUUACUUUUCAUAGUAGCAGAUUAUUAAAUCCAUCUUCAUCAAAUCGUUCACAAUUAAGUGAUGAUAAUUCAUCAAUAACCAACGAUAACAAAAACGAAAUGCAUCGUAUAAAAUCUUGA